UAGAGGUAUUUUUUUGAGGCUGAAGUUGCGGUAACUCAUUUAAGCAGCCGGUAAAUAAUAAUACUUUGAUUUUAUGGAACCUUCAGCAAAAAAAUCAAAAAUGACGAACAACCAAAAGUUCAAGAACAAUAAGAAGAAGUACUUCCAGGCCAAGAAGCAUGUGCUCCAGCCUGGUCAACGUGGAUUCUUUGCCACGUGCAACAUUAACGAGAAAGCAUGUGUACGUGAAUGCUACAAUCUUUUAAACCAUUAUGCGGAUAUCCUUUAUGGUCCGGAAAUCCUGGAAAAUGAGCAAGAAAAUAAGGAAACAGAAGAAGGAGCAGCUGGCGAUGCUGGAGAGGAUGCUACGAAACCAAGUACAACAGCCACCAGUGAUGAUGACGAUGAUUUGGAGGCAGCUGCUGCCAAAUGCCGUGAGAAACUUUCCCAGCGGAAGGUGCGCUUCCAGAAUGUGGACACCAAUACCCACAACUGUGUGUUCAUCCGCACUCAACUUGAGGAUCCAGUGACGCUUGGGAAGCACAUAAUCAACGAUAUAGCUACCACCGGCAAAUCGAUGUCCCGAUUCGUUCUGCGACUGGUGCCCAUCGAAGCCGUCUGUCGUGCCAACAUGCAAGACAUCAUCUCUGCAGCUGGUGUGCUCUUCGACAAGCAUUUCCUCAAGGAACCCACGAGUUAUGGCAUCAUCUUUAACCAUCGGUACAAUCAGCAAAUUAAGCGAGAUCAAAUUAUCAAUCAGCUGGCCGAUCUAGUCAAUUCCAAGAACAUAGGAAACAAGGUUGACCUAAAGGCGGCCAAGAAGUCUAUCAUCGUUGAAGUUUUGAGGGGCUGGUGCAUGCUCAGCGUCAUCGACAAUUAUUUGGAAUGCAAGAAGUUCAAUCUGGCUGAACUGGCUAAUCCCAGCGAUAAAAAGUCGGGCGGCGAGGGCGACUCCCAAUCUUCAGGGGAUGCUGAUUCUAACAAAGAGAAGAAAACGAACGAGAUUAAGGAUUCUGAGCCUAAAAAGUCUUCAGAGGAAUCAACUGAAGUUGACAAAGAAAACUAGUUAGGAAGACUCCCAACCCCCCGAUGGUAUGGACCAGAGCUAGAUAUAGAUCUACCAGUCUGCUGUGCAGACAAAUAUAAAUAAAUCAACCAGUUAUUAAUUCCUUUGUUAACAA